AGCCGCCGUGAGCGUAGUUGUUUCUGUGAUCGCCGCCUUACGUUUUCGCGCUCCUCCCUUUCCUCCUCCUCUUUCUCCUCCUCCUCUGGUUCCCAGUCAGGCCGAUCUGCUCUGCUGACGGGGGAAAACUGAGACCUAACUUGCUACCUUGUGGUCCCAUGGUGACAAUUUAAAGAAAGUCAUCUCUGCAACUUGAUGGAUGACGAUAACCUUCAACCAAAGAGUAAUUUUAAAAUGGCAGAACUCUUUAUGGAAUGUGAAGAAGAAGAGCUGGAACCAUGGCAGAAGAAAGCAGAAGAAAUUGAAGAUGAAGAUGAUGAUGAGCUGAUCUUUGUUGGAGAGAUAUCAAGUUCAAAACCAGCCAUUUCAAAUAUCUUAAACAGAGGUAACUCCAGCUCAUCUUCAAAGGGAAUAAAGAAUGAGACACUCAGUCAAGGUGCUCCUGAUACAUCCAAGCCUACAAGUCAACAACCCACGAACUCAACAUCAAAUCCAGUGGCUGCCUCACCUAGAUUUCAUCAUGACUCUAAAUCUUCACAUAGUACCAUUAUUGUUCAGAGCCUGUCUAAACCUGAUUAUACAAAAAAUUCAUCACACAUGGAAUCAGAUGAUUCUUCAGACUUACUGUUUGACUUGACCCAGGAAACACCAUUAUCACAGUCCCAAGAGGCACCAGCAGUUACUAUGGAAGAUAUGGAUCAAAGUUCAUCUGCAUUAAAACGUCCUUCUACUUCUGAAGCAAACAGUGUUAAUCCAAAAAAGCCAAAGACUUUAGUUAAAUCUUCAGUGUCAUUUCUCAAGGAUGUUCAAACAAAAGGUACAAAUACCUCAUCAACUCAAUGUAAAACUGAACCAACUUGUCUAAGAGCUUGUCCAAAGUGCAAUGUUAAGUUCCAUCUUUUGGAUCCUUUGAAAUAUCACAUGAAGCAUUGUUGUCCAGAAAUGAUAAAUAACUUCCUGGAAAUGAUUAAAACAGAAGUUUCAAAUACUGAAAAUCAAAAUACUGGUGCAGAGAAAGGAAAGUUGAUCAUGUUGGUUAGUGACUUUUAUUAUGGAAGACAUGAAGGAAAUGUCGAGGAAGAACAGAAGACUUACACAACCUUUAAAUGCUUCAGUUGCUUGAAAGUUCUUAAAAAUAAUAUUAGGUUUAUGAACCACAUGAAACACCAUUUGGAACUUGAGAAGCAGAACAGUGAGAGCUGGGAAAACCAUACCACCUGCCAGCACUGCUACCGUCAGUAUCCCACACCAUUCCAAUUGCAGUGUCACAUUGAAAGUACGCACACACCCCAUGAAUUUUCUACCAUUUGUAAAAUCUGUGAAUUAUCAUUUGAAUCAGAACAUAUUCUUUUACAACAUAUGAAGGACACUCAUAAACCCGGUGAAAUGCCAUAUAUUUGCCAGGUUUGCCAGUAUAGAUCAUCAUCAUUUUCUGAUGUGGAAACUCAUUUUAGAGCAUCCCACGAAAACACUAAGAACUUGUUAUGUCCAUUUUGCCUCAAAGUUAGCAAAAUGGCAACACCUUACAUGAAUCAUUACAUGAAGCAUCAGAAAAAAGGAAUACAUCGUUGUUCAAAAUGCAGAUUACAAUUUUUGACAUGCAAGGAGAAAAUAGAGCACAAGAUACAGCAUCGGACAUUUAUAAAGCCUAAAGCACUAGAGGGAUUGCCUCCUGGAACAAAAGUUACUAUUCGAGCUUCAAUUGGACCUCUUCAAUCAAAAUCAUCAACUACACCUUCCAGUAGUACUCCAAGCACUUCCACCCUUCAGGUUUCACCUCCAAAGUCUAAGAAUAACACUGCUAAAAAUUCCACAAAAUCUAAUGCAAGCAAAUCUAAGACAAAUAAACCUCAUGCAGUUACAUCCACUGCUGGUAAAUCUCAUGCAAGUAAACCUCAUUUAACCACAUCCACUGCUGGUAAACCUCAUGCAACUCCAUCCACUGCUGGUAAACCUCAUGCAAACAAACCUCAUGCAACUACAUCCACUGCUGGUAAACGUCAUGCAACUACAUCCACUGCCAAUAAACCUCAUGCAAAUAAACAUCAUGCAACUACAUCCACUGCAAGUAAACGUCAUGCAACUACAUCCAUUGCAAGUAAACGUCAUGCAACUACAUCCAUUGCAAGUAAACCUAAUGCAAAUAAGUCAAAUGCAAGUAGAUCUAAAUACAAAUCAAAAACCUGUUACAAGCAAAAGAAACAGCGCAACCGAAAAGAUCAAAUCAGUACCGCUUUAAAGAACUUAAGGUAUUGUCGGGGAAUUCACAAGUGCAUUGAGUGUCGUUCCAAAAUAAAAGAUUUUGCAAGCCACUUUUCUACAUUUGUCCGCUGUAAUUUUUGCAAAUACAACUCGAACUGUAGCAAAGCCUUUGUAAAUCAUUUGAUGAGCUCUCAUAGCAACCAUCCAAGUAAACGGUUUUGUAUUUUUAAGAAGCAUUCAGGAAGUCUCAGGGGCAUGACUCUAGUUUGCCUUAAGUGUGAUUUCCUAACUAAUUCUUCUGGCUUAGAUCAGAUGGCUAAACACUUAAGUCAACGUAAAACUCAUACUUGCCAAAUUAUAACAGAGAAUGUUUCUGAUAGUACCUCAUCUGAAUCCACUUCUGACUGCUUGUUGAAAUAGAUUCCUGCUCUAUGGAGCUCGUGCAACCUGGUGCAAGACAAGUUGGAAUUUCCUAAGUUCAAAGUUCUGAAGUGUUUCCUUACACGAAGGCAAUUAAACAGCCAAGACCAUGACACUAGCGCUCAUUAUUCAGCUCAUUUCAGCUUUCAGAUGGCACUAGAUUCUUAUUCCACCUUAUCUUUGUGUCAGGUUAACAUAUCUUAACAUUUGUUUUUUUUCUCCAGUUGGCUCUCCAAAAAUAACUUUUGUUGCUAUGGUCUUUUCUUUGCUUAAAAUAAUUUGUGUUUUUUUCUGCUAUACUUGCCUUCAGAAUAUUACAUUCCAAACAAUAUGGCUGUUCAUCUUUUUUUGUCUGUUUUAUCUGCUUUCUUAGUGAAUUUCUUGUCUUACAUUUUAGGUCAGAUAGCUGUUGUUUUCCUCAUUCCCUGUCUGUCAUUGUUCUAUUUUUCGUAUUUUUCAGGUGCAGAAGCAACACAGAAAUUUCAAAAAAUGUCCAGGGUACUCCUGGAAAGUGUCCCCCUUCAGUGGACACAAGUGAUGCCUGUUCUCUCUUUCCAAGGAAUGUGAAUAAUUUGACUGUGAGACCUCCUCUAAGGUGUGGCCUCAAGAAAUCAGAUCUUGGGGAGAGUCCCUCCCUACAUGACUGGCCUCCCAUAAUGCUGAUGCUGAUUUGGCCAGAGAUGACCUCAAGGCCCACCAAAUUGAGCACAACUUCCCACUGGGGGCUUUGGUUUUUUAUCUUAAGUUUAAUGGUCAAUUCUGACCAAGAAAGCCCAUCAGAUCAAUACUUUAACAUCUGAGUUGCAGUUUAAUCACUUUGGCUGUUGCCCUUUAACUUUCCUCUAGCAUGCAUGCAGUCCAAGGAAUAUAAAAGCUCUGGUUGUGUAGGGAACCAAGGUUACGUCCAUGUUCUUGAAACAAGUUUCUAAAAAUUCAGUUCCAAAGUCAUAGUUAUUUGUACUGUCAUUUAAACUUUUAUCCAGUAUUAACCCUAGGAAUUUUCAGCAAUACUAGUAUUCAGAUUUUUUUUUUAAUUUAAUUUAAUUUUGGUAGUUUGGUUUUGUUAUUCUUCUCCAGAUUUAUUGAUGUCCAUUUUGUUAUGUCUAUUUUAUACAUUUUUCUUUAAAAACUUUUGUUUUGUUUUGUUUUGUUAAAAACUCUGGGUCCUUACAAUCCUCUACAGAUUUCAUGUAGCUUCCUAUUGGUAGCUUCUUAAUUUGGCAAUCAUUCAGACCGUUAGACAUUUUUACAUCCUCCAUCUGUCUUGGGACUAUCAUCAUUAACAUUAUCUUAAUGAUUGUAAGUUCAAAGUUAUAAAGAAUUAGCAAAAAAAAACUUCUGCAGACCUUAAAACAAGUUUUAAAGUUAUGUCUCUGUACAUCUGAUACAUAAUAUCUUCUUAGCCAUUAUUUGGAUAAAGAUAAUAUAUUCAAAAAUAUUGGGACCAAAAAUGCACUUGUUUCUUGCCCAUAUGUAUAGAUGUAUAUUUUUUUUAAUUUGGUGUUUGUUUAUUUUGGUUACAUUGAAUAUAGAUUUGCU